UAUUUAUAGAAUACAAAAAAAAUCAUUUAAAAAUGGCAACAACAAAAGUAUUUAAUGUUGGUGAUUUAGUUUGGGCAAAAAUGAAAGGAUACCCUCAUUGGCCUGCAAGGAUUGAGGAACCUAAACCAGGUCAAGUUAUUCCAAAGAAAAAAUACUCAUUAUUUUUUUAUGGUACACAUGAAACAGCUUUCCUGGGUGCCGAGUGUCUAUACUCUUAUGAGGAUUUUAAAAGUAAGUAUGGUAAACCAAAUAAGAGAAGAGGUUUUCAAGAAGCACUUGAAGAAAUUGUUUCAAAUCCUACAGUUGUACAUGAGCAACAACCUGAAGAAAGUGAAAGUGAUGAUGAAAGCGAAAACCCACCUGAAACUGAAAUUGAAGUCAAAAAGAAAAAAGAAAAAAAGGAGGAAGUUAGCAGGAAAAGGAAGAAACCAACACCAGCUGUUAAGAAAAGCAACAAAAAAGUGAGAACAGUAAAAUCGUUGGAGGAAUGGAGUGAUUCUGAUGACGAGGCAUUAGUGAUUGAUACUUCAAAAGAAAAGAAAAAGGAUUUGGUGGAAGAAGAAGAAGACUUUGAAGAUCAAACAACUACAGAAGAUGACUCUAAAGAAGAUAAAGAUGACUAUAAUCCAGAUUUGGAUAAAAAAAAGAAAACCAAAAAGAAAAAAAGUGAUACUCAAAAACCUGUUGUCAAUAAACAAUCUGCACCAAAAACUGUUAAAGAAAAGAAACCUCGCAAGACUAGUGUUAAGAAAACUGUUAAGAAUUCUGAUAUAAGCAGUGUUAGUUCUGUUAGUUCAAGCGAUUCUAGUAGUGGAGAUGAAGAAAUAGAGCAACUAAAGAAACGAUUGUUUAAACAAGAUUUUGAAAUGUCAGAAGAGCAGAAAAAGAAAAAAGAAGAAGAAAAAAUAAAAGAAGAAGAAAGAAAGAAAUUGGCUGAGCAAAGCAAGUUGCACAGGGAAAAAAUGAAGAAAGAAAGAGAUAUUGAAAAAAAGAAAAAAAUUAAUGAUGACAAUGAUGUAAAUAUGAAUGAAGAGAAAAGCGAAGAGAAAAUUACAGAAGACAAAAUUGAAACAGACAUCCAAACAAAAAAUGAUAAAAAGCUGCAACAAGAAGAAAAGAAAAUUGAUAAAAAACAACAAGAAGAAAAGAAAAUCGAUAAAAAGCAACAAAAAGAAGAAAAGAAAAUCGAUAAAAAGCAUCAACAAGAAGAAAAGAAAAUUGAUAAAGAGAUACAAAAAGAUGAAAAGAAAAAGUUAAAAGAGAAAAAGUCAAAGGAAAAAAAAGUGAAAGAAGAAAAAAGUUCAAAAGUUGAUGAAAAAAAAGAACAAAGAAAAACCAAAGAUCUAAAGACAGAAAAAAAACACAUUAAGGAAAAUGGAAAGAAAAAAGAAAACAUUUCUUCUGAGGAAAAUAAAGAGCGAGAGCAGAAAGCUAUUGAAGCUAUGAAAAGGAUUACAGAUGACAAUAAAGAUGCAACAGUUGCUGAACAUCUCCAAAAAUUAGAAAUCGAAUUGCGAAAAAAUUUAUCAGUAAAAUCAACGGAUCACAUUAAAUCGUUAAAAGUUCUUCAAGAAAUUUCCGAUCUUAAUUUAACAGCUUCAAUUCUUAUGAAAAACAAAACCAUUGUGACAACUUUAAAAAAGAUAAAGGCAUACAAAGCUAACCAGCAGGUUAGCGAGAAAGCGACCGAGUUAUACUCUCAUUUUAAAAGUCUGUUUGCUGUUGCAGGUGUUUCUACAAAUGCUUCAGUUCUUCAUCAUACCGAACCAAAAGAAAAUAAAAUUAACGAUAAAAUAAUAACUACAGGUUUAUGAAAGAGCAAAGAAUUUUUUUUUAAACCUAAAAUCGUUCCUGCAUUUUGACAUAGGUCCAUUCUAAAACUAUGUCUUACCUACAUUAGUUAUGGUACUUACAAAAUUAUAGAUAUAAAAUCGCAAAUCUGUAAAUAACAAAGACAUUCGUUUUUAAAAUUUUAUUUUUAAAAGAUUUGUGUUUUACAGAAAAUAUUUUAUGCUUUGAUAACGUUCGGGAAAAUAAUGUAUAUUUACUGUUUAUAUUUGGUGUAUUAAGUCUGUACGUAUAUUAAUAUACUAGAGUCUACGAUAUUAUAUUCGCUCUCACGUACGAUCUUAAGUGACGCCACGAUUUUUAAGAGAAACUACAUUUUAUUUUACAUGAUUCAUUUUAAAACUUGUUUUGGAUUUAUUUAUUAGCCCUAAAGAAAAAUAGAAUAAAAAUGUUUUUGAUAUGAA